UGGGAGACGCAGAGACCGCAGCGGGGAGGGCGAUGCAAUAGGCAAAGUAAACAGAGAGCAGCGCUGGCAGCGGCUGACCCCAUCGCCAUUGGAUUAGUAGCACUGAGCACCGACUGACCUCGUCGCCCAGCAGCCCCCGAUCUGCACAGCAUGUGUGGGACGGAUCUCCGAGCCAGCCCGUGAGCGAAUGAUUGAGGACUGUGGAAAAAGGGGGAGUAACAUGGCAGAAAGAAGGCAACUGUUUGCAGAAAUGCGCGCGCAAGAUUUGGAUCGUAUUCGUUUAUCUACUUACCGAACAGCGUGUAAAAUCAGAUUUGUGCAGAAGAAAUGCAACUUGCAUCUGGUAGAUAUCUGGAACAUUAUAGAAGCUCUCCGAGAAAAUUCACUAAACAACUUGGACCCAAAUGUAGAACUGAAUGUUGCCCGCCUGGAAGCAGUGUUGUCAACAAUUUUUUACCAGCUAAACAAGCGGAUGCCAACCACUCACCAGAUCAAUGUAGAACAGUCCAUCAGCCUAAUGUUAAACUUUCUCCUAGCGGCUUAUGACCCGGAAGGACAUGGGAAGAUUACAGUUUUUGCUGUCAAAAUGGCUUUGGCAACACUAUGUGGAGGAAAAAUUAUGGACAAAUUAAGGUAUAUUUUCUCCAUGAUCUCUGAUUCCAGUGGCAUGAUGAUUUAUGCGCGGUACGACUUGUUUCUGAGGGAAGUUCUGAAGCUGCCCACGGCAGUGUUUGAAGGGCCUUCGUUUGGGUACACAGAGCAAGCUGCCAGGUCUUGUUUUUCACAACAGAAGAAAGUUACCUUAAAUUCCUUCUUGGACACUCUUAUGUCUGACCCACCACCUCAGUGUCUUGUCUGGUUACCUCUUCUGCAUCGACUGGCGAAUGUAGAAAACGUCUUCCACCCUGUUGAGUGUUCCUAUUGCCACAGUGAGAGCAUGAUGGGUUUCCGUUACCGUUGCCAGCAGUGUCACAAUUACCAGCUCUGUCAGGACUGCUUCUGGAGGGGGCAUGCGAGUGGUUCCCAUAGCAACCAGCACCAAAUGAAAGAGUACACGUCAUGGAAAUCGCCUGCCAAGAAGCUUACUAAUGCACUUAGCAAGUCUCUAAGCUGUGCUUCCAGCCGUGAACCUUUGCAUCCAAUGUUCCCUGACCAGCCUGAAAAACCUCUAAACCUGGAACAAAGUUUCUCUCGUAGGCCUCCCCGACCAAUUACCAGCAUGAAUGACACCCUUUUCUCUCACUCUGUGCCCUCAGGAAGCCCUUUUACAAACAAAAUCUCGCCUCAAAAGAAUACUGAAGUAGAACAGAGCAAACCGCUUGUUAGGGCUGCUCCAGAUUUGCUCAAAGGCAAAGGGUUGCAGUACAGCUUGGAUGUGGCAGACAGGUUGGCUGAUGAACAUGCUCUCAUCGGGGUGUAUGCUAGCAUGAUACAGAACAACCCUUCACGAAUGCUUGACAGCCCAAGCCGUCUGGAUGAAGAACACAGAUUGAUUGCAAGAUAUGCAGCAAGACUGGCAGCAGAAACCACGUCUUCACAGGUUCAGCAGAGAACGGGUCCGGACCUCUCAUUCACUAUCGAUGCAAAUAAGCAGCAGAGACAGCUCAUUGCGGAGCUCGAGAACAAGAACAGAGAAAUAUUGCAGGAAAUCCAGAGGUUGCGAAUUGAACACGAACAGGCUUCUCAGCCCACACCUGAGAAAGCACAACAGAACCCCACUCUUCUGGCAGAGCUCAGACUUCUCAGACAGCGUAAAGAUGAACUGGAGCAGAGGAUGUCCGCUUUGCAGGAGAGCAGAAGAGAACUGAUGGUACAACUUGAAGGGCUCAUGAAACUCUUAAAGGAGCAGGAACUGAGGCAGGCUACUCAAGGGGCGGGUUCCCCUCGAUCUUCUCCGAGUCACACCAUUAGCCGGCCUAUACCCAUGCCUAUAAGGUCUGCGUCUGCCUGCUCUACACCUACGCACACCCCUCAGGACUCUCUGACUGGCGUUGGUGGAGAUGUCCAAGAAGCUUUUGCACAGAGUGCAAGAAGAAAUUUAAGAAAUGAUUUGCUUGUAGCAGCAGAUUCCAUUACCAAUACUAUGUCUUCUCUAGUAAAAGAGCUCAAGUCAGAUGUUGGCAAUGAAACAGAGAGCCACGUGGACACGGAGUAUGGCAGAGUUCAUUUUGAUGAUUUGGUUCCAUCACCGACUUCUGAAAAGGCUUUCCUUGCCCAGAUCCAUGCACGAAAACCAGGGUUCAAUCAUAAUUCUGCCGCAACCAGCAACAUUCGCACAGAUAUGGGAACAGAAGAUGAUGAAAGCUAUGAAAAUGACUCUGUUCGUCAGUUAGAAAAUGAGUUGAAAAUGGAGGAAUAUUUGAAGCAAAAGCUACAGGAUGAAGCCUACCAGGUCAGUUUACAGGGCUGAAUGCAGUAUCCACUUCCCCUCCCCUCUCAAGUAAUACAGAAAAGAUGUGCAUACUAUAAGAUACAGCGAUAAUGGACAUGUCAGCAUGGGAGAAGUACCCCAGUAGUGUAUGGGGCAGAAGAACCGGGGGAGGGGACCCUCUUUGGUAUAAUGAGCUCUGUCAAGUCCCAUGGAAUGUAGCACAGUACAUUUGUUUUAAAACAUGUAGUUUGUAGGUGUGUGUCUAUAUAUAUAUAUAUAUAUAAGAAAAAAAUAAUACAAAGCUUUUGUUUGAAGCUAAAAACAUAAUUUGCAUCACUGGCAAAAAAAAAAUAAAAAAAUCAUGUCAAUUUUUGCACAGGCCGAUUAACAUAUUGAGUUUACAAAGCCCGUGUUUCCACAUGUUUAACUACUGAGCUACCACAAAGGGCUUUCUCAGCCUUCCAGUAGGAAUGUGGUUCACUCACACUGCUCAGGGGAAGGGGAUGUUGUUCAUUUUUAAGGUAAAAUAAGUUAAUGCUAAGUGGCUUCAUAUUUGUUACCAGAAAGCCACGUUAAUGCACUAUUCUACACCAGGAAGUAGCAGGCUGGAGAUAUAUGGCUACGUCAGUGGUAUGAAGAUUCAUAGCUAGCACUGGCCAAAGUAUAUGCGGGAACCGCUCCCAUGCCACUUUUUUGCAGUUUGAAGCCCAUCGUUUGUAGAAUUAUUGAUUUCCGUCUCUUUGUGACUACUAGAUGUCUGAGUGCCUUAGUUCUAUUUGAACCAACUCAGCCACGUAUCUAGUAGCAGUGGCCAAGCAGCAAUGGAACUGCUUUUGAGAGUUAAGUGCAAUGCAUUUUUACACUGCUAAGUGGGACCUUAUCUACCCAGAGGCCUUCAUAUGUACUACAGGGAAUUUACCAGGCAUUGGCACCCUGUGGCAUUCCAGCUGUUGAGGACCGCAAUCUCUCAUAAUGUUCUGCCAGCCAUCUCAGACAGAGAGCAAAUGCUGCCUAAGGAUGUGCCUUGUGGUCACACAUGGAACUGCAUGCUAACAUUGCUGCUACUCAACUAAUUUCUGCUUCAGAUUAGAACAGCAAAGGGUGCAGAUGCUUCUCUGCCUGACAGGUAAGCCCACUCUUGCCACUAUUCUUAUUAUCAGAGUGACUGACUGAGCAUGAUGGGAGUAUGUGCCGCCCACUGUAGACAGCGUGCCAGAGGCUGCCUAUCCUUGAAUUUACUUGGUACUACUUAAUUAAACCGUUAUUGAAAACUCUUCCACCAAAUGGCACGAGGAUACAAUGAAUCAGUAACAUAGUGACUUGCGCAGUGUUAAGGGAAAAAAAUCCCAUCUUACCAUCUUACAGGUGCUGUAUAAGGGGAGGAAGGCUCCGUAUGAUCAUAUGUGAUUACAUAUCUACUACUCCAACAGGCAACAUUUCAACUACAAUUUGAUACCUUCCCAAGCAAAGAUUUAUUAAAGUGACUUCUGUUCUACCAUUAUAGCAGGCAAUGUUUUAACCACAAAUAAUAUUUAUUUUUAACAUUAGCGUGUUCCUUUCUAGUGUAGAUUACUGGUCCCUUGAUUAAAAAUAAAUAAAUAAACCUUUUUGUGAUUGGCGUGACAGUCUCCUUUGUGCAGUCUGACCUGCCCACCGUGAGAUCAUCAGGACUGGUCUUUUCUCCAAUUAGAUGCUUCAGGUAUGCAGCAGUUGUUGAAUUUAAACUGCAUCUGGUGAUAUUUUUCAUUUGGUCCGUUUUUUUUCUUCUUCAAAUUAAAGAAAGCUUAAAUUACAUUAACUAGCUUACCUGGACUUCCUUGUGGAUGGCACAGAUGGAAUUUAGAUUCAGCCAAAAAAAAAAAAAAAAAAUUUCCUUUCCCCUGCACACUGGAGAAUUGAGAGUUAAACCAUGCAUCUUUCUGAAUUGCAGGUUCUGUCAUGUGCCAUUUCAUGGUUUCAGCAGCAGGCCUCCCAAUAAACCCAAUUUCAGCAUGACAAUUCUGAAUUUAGGGUCCUGCCCCAAGUUUCUUCAAUGGUGUCUUGCUAUUGGAGAAACCAGGGAAUGGUUCCCAAAAAGUGUAGCACUAGGACACUAAAAAAGUGCUCCCUGCACAGUCCGCUCUCUGCUUGAUUGGCAGGCAACCUAGGCCCUAUUCACACCAGACUGACCUGCAAAGAAAUUGAGCAGACACACCCCCAUUCCAGGCAGGUCUACCCCCUUUUAGCUUGCUCCCAGUAACCCCCUCCCACUGACGUCCUGAUUUAUGGUAUAGUGCAGCCAUCUUUUUAAAUCACAAUGGCUUGUGAGAAAAUUGUGAUACAAUUCCUAGAUAUCUUCUGGAAACCUGCCACAUGUUCAGCUGGUACUUGCGAUAGUUGCAUAAACUAAAUGUGUGCUUAAUGACAUGAAAAUAAUAGUCUGUUGGUGGUACUAACUUAUAUAAAGACACUUUAAGAUUACGAACUCCACUGUAUUUCUUAAAGGCUCCUUUAUAGGGAAGGAAGGAAAAUGGCGAUUUGCAAUAUACUGGAAACCCAGUCUGAGCCUACGGUUUUAAGCACCUAGAAAGGUCCACGACAGGAAACCAAUCCUAUAGGUUACAGGCCUACUGAGAUGCUAAAAGCAUAAGCUAAAUAUUUCUCUGUGUAAAGCUAAGCAAGUUUUCUGCAUUUACUCAUUGUGGUGGAAAGGUAGGUUGCUGGAGUGGUAAAAUGAAAGUCACUUUAAAAAGCCUAAGAGAGUAUUUAAGGCAGGAUUGACGAUUUACACCCAGCUGCUGUUGGACGAUAUCUCCUGUAAUCUACUCCAGCUUUGCAGAUCAUGCACCUGGGUGACCGUAGUAUGAUACACAUUCACAGAAAGCACUCUUCACUGAUUCCUUGUAUUCAUAGUGCUGACAGAUACUUUCCAAGAUUAGAUGAAUCACGUCACCCAUAAGAGUAGCAUUUAUUGAAAUUUUUAGGGCAGAUUCUUUUAAUUUUUUUAGGAUUGAGGUUUGCAAUCAUGGAUGUUACCUGGUUAAAAAAGGGGUGUUUUACACUAAAUUGUUACCUGGUUAUAACCUAAAAGAAGCCACCAGAGAUCUGUUUGGUGCUCUGUAGAAAAAUGAAUCACUGGAUAAUUAGGUAAACUGAUUAUGUAUUUUUGUUAAGUUAUUUUCUCGUGCAAAGAACACCUAGAAAGGGUUUAAACUUUCUGAGUGCCAGAGGUAUGAGUAAGCAAUGUGCUGACCUCUCUGGUCCUUGGAUAGUUAAUGUAGGUCUAAUGUAUACUUUUUGGAUUGUAUUCUGUCACUACGAUCUUUCAAAGCAGCCAUAUACAUUUUUAGUGUAAAUAAUCUAUAUUUUUGUUCAUUUUCAAUAUAGAUGCUUGUCAUAUACAAAAAAUAGAGAAAAUAUACAGAUGUUCAAAUAAUGUACAAUCUAGUUUUCAAAUCCACACAGAAGCUAUUAAAACUGUGAACCAUGUUAAGAAAUACUUGUUAAAAACCCUUUCACUGCCAGAGGAGAAUGCCACAGCUGUUUGCUAUGCUAUGUGUCAACAAUCCAUCUGGAAGUGGAAAGGGUUAAGAUCUGUUUUAUAAACCACAGGUGCCAUAAGAUCCUGAUGAACUGAAACGUAAACAUUAGAUAGCAUUCGUAAUGCUGGUUUUAUCAAAUAUCAUUUUAAUUUGCUUGCUGUGUUUACAUAUAGAAAACAAUAUGUUCGGUAAGGUUAUGGGUUUAUUUUGAGGCCUUUGCUCUUAUAAUUAACCAUGUGCUUGCAAAGAUUCAGAUUUCUGUUUUGCUUGUUUUAUGCCUUAUGGCCAACAAAAUGUUCUGCUUGCAUGAUGAGUGGCACUUAGUUGAAAUGGCCAAAAGGGCUGGCAUGUAUGCCCAGGGAUUAGUACUCAAACUGGACGUUUAUAGUAGGCAGUAUUUGAACCCUGGGGAUGCCAGUAGGAAGAGUGAUGCAUACAUUGUGGGCUUGUUCUAAGCAAACAUCUGAAAAUUCAUUUAAAAGCCAACAGGAAACUGUACGCUCUAUGAUAGCGUUGGGACUAGACAACACUGUAUUUUGGUAUUGUUCACAUACGCUGAGUUGCUAAUUUUUGGAACUGCGUGUGUAGUGGAAUAUAUUUACCAUUAUUUAUUUUUGGAUUUAUAGUAGAGCAUAAACAGGGCAAGUCCUGAUGAUAAUGCUGACUGAGACUCAUGGGGGAGUCUACAGUAGGUGGAAUGACAACUUUUAGCACUGCCCUUAUGUCUGCCCUGUCCUGCAAUUCCUAUUGGAUGGAAUAUUGGAUGGAUUUAUGUAAUCCAUUAAUUUUCCAAGAGGCAGAAAUUAAACCAUCAUAGGUUCUCAGAACACGCAGUCCACUGAUGAAGCAUGGUGGACUAGGCCGGGGUUUAUGAUCGAAUUAAGAUAAGCUGUGCUAUAAACAGAAAUAUAGUAUUUGGUAAUUGCAUUAGUCAAAACAAUGUGUGGGCUAAAUCAUGGAAUCAAUGAGUGUUAGCACACAGGUGGCAAUGCUUACGUUGCCUCCAGCAGUCACCCCAAAUUUGGCUGUGGAUGGUGGGAACUCUGUCGCAAUAAAGGCUGGGUUGGAGAGGUGUAUCUUUCACAACCCACUGUGCUAAUGUAAUCUGGAUAGGUUCUAUAAAAUAGGUUUCGCUGAGUGCUUUCUAUAGGUAAGUUUGAAACUGGUACACUGGCAAUUCUUACAUUGCUUAUAUUAUAUUCCUAGUGACACUGCACUGCAGUUGGUAUUCAAAGUCUGAAUAACACAUAAUGAAAGAAUAAGCUGGUUGUAUUAUAAUAAGAGUGUUCACAGAAUGUAAUAUGAAAGGUAAUUAGAAUGUAGGUAAAUAUAAAGAAUUGAAAAUGAUUUGUGUGGCCUUCAUUGUGAUAUUUCAUAAGAGGUUUAUUUUCUGCAUGGUUUAAGUAAUUGCAUUAUUUAGCAAAGGUGUAUGGAUUUUUUAUUUUUAUUUCAUCCUGUUAAUAUGUUGCUGUAGAUAAACCAUGUAAAUAAGUGCAACUAAAGGUUACUUCUAGCAAGUGGAUUCGGUCUAGUAUAUGGAGCACAAAAGGCCAGCACUGCUGUGCCCAGAUAGGCUUUUUGAGUUCUGAACCAAAAAAAUAAAAAAAAUUCUCAAGGUUACUAACCGAUGUUUUAACCUUUUUAGUGCCAUGAGGGUGCAUAGUAUAAGGAACACCCAUACUAUGCGCUCCCCCUUGGCACUCCGAGGGUUAAUUUUAACUACUGUACUUGACCACUUGAGACUGCAAGAACAGAAACACUAAAGAAUUUGACAAAGUUCAAUGGUAUUGUAACAAAACAACUAUUGUAUGGAAAUUUUGUAUAACUGUUAAGUAUUGUUUUGUGUGCAUGUUGGAUCCUACCUAGGAACAUCCUACAUGUCCUAUUUUGAAGUGGUUAUAUUAAUUGUGUGUCUAUAUUUUGGAAUGGAAUUAUUCUUCAUUAAAAAAAAAUGAUUUUUAAACACACA